GAACACAAUUGGUUCCGGAAGUCUGUUCAUAAACUGAAGCGUUCAUAAACUGAAGCGAACUUUCCCAUUGAAAGUAAUGGAAAGUGGAUUAAUCCAUUCCAGACGGGUCCGCGGAGUACUCAACCUGAAGCGUACUUAACCCGAAGCAUGGGUGUAAUUGGUUCCGGAAGUCUGUUCAUAAACUGAAGUGUUCAUAAACUGAAGCGAACUUUCCCAUUGAAAGUAAUGGAAAGUGAAUUAAUCCGUUCCAGAUGGGUCCGCGGCGUUCGUAAACCGAAAAUUCGUAAACCGAGGUGUUCAUAAACUGAGGUCCCACUGUAAUAAAAUAAUAAUAAUAAUAAUAAUAAUAAUAAUAAUAAUAAUAAUAAUAAUAUUUCUACCCCGCCCAUCUGGCUGGGUUUCCCCAGCCACUCUGGGCGGCUUCCAACAAAAGAUUAAAACAUAGUACUGUAGUUUAUCAAACAUUAAAAGCUUUGCUAAACAGGGCUGCCUUCAGAUGUCUUCUAAAAGUCUGGUAGUAGUUGUUCUCUUUGACAUCUGCUAAGGGGCGUUGGCGUUCCUAAAUAUGUGCAGGAUCUUACCUGGAGCCGAGGACACCGCCCAUACGCAGGGGUGGCCCGUGAUUCCCAGUUCCACACCAGGAGAGAACUUCCAAGAGCUGUGAUGCCUGACAUGCAAGGGGUUGGGCAAGAUGCCCCUUGGGGAACCCCUUCCAAUGCUGCAGUUCUAGGAUUCUGGCUCCCAAUUCUGACACGUGUCUCCUACAGGAAAAUACAUCUGCCGCUACUUGUACGAAAACGCCAUGCACGAGAUAACCAAGGAGGUGAUCGUUCCCCUCGUCGCGGCAGACCUCGUCCGGACACGGUCGCAGCUCUCCAUGAACUGCAGCUCCCCCGAGGGCCUGACUCUGCAAUGCUGCAUCCGGAACAGAGGAGGAGAGCUCAGAGCAUCCUGGAAUCCAGGUGCCCCAGACCCAGUUCGCCUGGGGGGCAACGGAGACCCGCUCUGCUACUUCCUCACCCUGAAUUCCUGCCCCAGCGGUGACACCGCCUAUCAGUGCACAUUUGAAAGUGACCACCUUGGAUCUGUGCAGACUACAGUGACGGUGGGCCCGAUUCAAGCCGGAGAUCGCUUCUGCCCCAGCGAGAACUCGACAGGCAGGUGGGAUUCCACAAAGGCGGGGCAGGUGGCUGAGCUCCUGUGUCCCGAGGGGACCGAUGGAAAGAUGCUCCGGUCUUGCUCACCUGGAGGCACCUGGGAAUAUGUCCAAGACAGCUGCACAAAUCACCGACUGCUGUCUGGGUUGUACGAGGCCCAGCUGCUCCAGGCAGGGUUGGGCAGCCCCCAAACCGAGGUCCCUUGGAUGAUAGACUGGCUGAAGGUGGAGACGGAGUCCGGGAACAUCCAGGGCAGAAACCCCCGGGACCUCCUGGCUGUGCUCGACACAAUGGACAUCAUCUCGGAGGUGGCUCUGGGAGCCCAGAUGCGCCUGGAGCCCAGCGCUGUGUCUAAUUUGCUGGCUGCUGCCAACACGAUGCUCGACGUAGCCCCGGGGCCGGAGUGGUCUGCGGUGGAAGCCCUGAGCCCGUCAGCCGCUUCCAAGCUCCUGCAAUCCAUCGAGAACCUCGCCAGCCUCCUCCUGCCACCCUCGGGGAGCCCGUACAACUUGACGCUCCCCAACAUUGAGCUCCAAAGCUCCCAGAUGGGCCCUGAGUUCGAGGACUUCAACAGGGGCUUUGACACGGACCCCCCUCUCCGCGUCCACAUCGGGGAGGAGGAUUUGCUUCGCUGCGGGCAGAACGUCACCGUCACCAGCCUGGUGCUGAAGAAGCUGGGCAGAAUCCUGCCAGGCUGCUGUGGCCCCAAGGCCAGGCUGGGCAGCUUAGUGAUGUCCAACUCUGUGACGGCUUCCAACGGGAGCGUCUCGCAGGUGGAGGUGGAGAUGACCUUUGGCCACUGGAAUGGCACCAGCGGAGGGCAAGAGGAGGAGGACGAGGAGGAGAGGGUGGCGCAGUGUGUGUUCUGGGACCACAGCCUACAUGACAGGGUCGGCGGCUGGUCAACCGAGGGGUGCCAGGCCUCCGGCAACGAAACCACCACCAAGUGCAGCUGCCGCCACCUGACCUCCUUCUCCAUUCUCAUGUCGGCCCAUCCUGUGCCCGACAGCUUCGCCCUCACCUUCCUGGGCACGUUUGGGGUCUGCGCCUCAAUCCUGGCUCUCGUCGCCACCCUCGCCAUCUACUACCUCGUCUGGACUUCGGUGGUGAAGAAUAAGGUGGCUUACUUCCGCUACACCACGCUGGUCAACAUCGCCCUGUCUCUGCUGAUGGGCAGCUUCUGGUUCCUGGGCGCCUCUCAGCUGGCGGCUGACCCCGAGAGCAAGCUGUGCGUGGCGGCCGCCUUCUUCACCCACUUCUGCUACCUGGCCACCUUCUUCUGGAUGCUGGUCCAGGCCCUGAUGCUCUUCCACCAGCUGGUCUUCGUCUUCCACCAGCUGAGCACCCGCUCCGCCCUGCCCGCCAUGGUCUCACUGGGCUACCUGUGCCCCUUCACCAUCGCCGCAGCCACCGUGGCCGCCUUCCUCCCCCAGGGGGGCUACCUCCAGGAGGCCGUCUGCUGGCUCUCCUCUCGCAGCAAAGCCAUCUACGCCUUCUCCGUGCCCAUCCUGGCCGUCGUGUCGGCCAACGCGCUCAUCCUCUUUGUGGUGCUGCUGAAACUCAUGAGGCCCUCGGUGUCCGAGGGGCCCCAGGGGGAGGAGUGGAAGGCUCUGGUCAGCAUCUUCAAGGCCCUGCUCAUCCUCACGCCCGCCUUCGGGUUGACGUGGGGACUGGGUGUCAUCACAAUGACCACGGACGCCUCGCAAUUCACGCAUUACAUGUUUACCAUCCUCAAUUCGCUCCAGGGGGUCUUCAUUCUGAUUUUUGGCUGCCUCAUGGACAAGAAAGUGAGGGGAGCGCUUUGCAAGCGUCUGCGCAAGUCACCUGCAGCUCAGACCAAGAGCGAAACGCUGGACUCCAAACUCAGCAACUGAGAGGCUGGAAGUUGCACAGCCCCACAGCUUUUGGCAGUAGAAAAUGGCUCUCGGCUUGCCAC